CGGGAUCGAGAUUCAGAGCCACUGUACACAGAGGAAAUGAUUCAAGAUCAAGAUGACAAUCCAUUAUCGUAUUAGUUAUUAUUUUGCCGUUUUUUUCAUAAGUGUUUUAAGUCUGAGUUUGAGUGAAAGAAUUAGUAGCAAGACUUAUGUCAAAGUGUCCGGGAAUGUGGCAUGUAUUCGGAGACUGAAUGGAACAAAUCAAGUUGGUUGUAGCUCUGAAAUAAAUGGCAAUGUUGGGGUGCUCCAUUAUGUCGAUAACAACACAGCGCUGGACUGGCUGAUAAAUAAUGGGCCUCAUAAACCUUAUGUGGCUCUUCUUACCUCCCUGAAUUUUGACAGGGCCACGGUACAGAAACUAAGGAACUCCAAGAAAAUCACUGGUAUCAUUGUCAUCCAUACCAAGGACUCUGCAACAACUCCCUUACCGGACAGCUUCUCUCCUGCUGACAAAUGCCCCGGGGAUCUGUAUGGUUUAUAUCACAACAGUGAAGACUAUGGGAAUUGUAAGAAUGUGACUUGGAAUGAGUUUGGAAAUGGAUUGUUUUUUGAAGACUUCGAGUUCCCAAUCUCUAUCGUAACUAAUAAAAAUGAAAGUGACUACCUCAUUAAGGAUUGCUAUAAAAAGUUCAAUGAGCCCAUGCAGGGAGUUCCCAGGGAAUACCCUCUCUGUGCUGUACAGAUGAAAUCUCGAAUGUCUGGAGCCAAGGACUCGGAGACAUGCAUGCGACGGACAAACACACCUACAAACCUCAACCCAGAUAAAUACUGUGAUCCUCUGGGCGACAAGAACGUCAUCGGAUUUGUUAAAGACGUUCCAGAAAAACACGAACCAGAGAAGAAGUCUGUUAUCAUGGCAGUCGCUAGAAUCGAUUCGUACAGUUUGUUUGAGAACAUUUAUCCCAGCGCUGACAACCAUGUCAGUGGAAUUGUGGCCCUACUGGCCGCAGCAGAAGCGAUCGGGAAAGUGAAAGAUCACUUCAACAACAACACUAAGGAUAUUCUAUUCACAUUCCUAAACGGUGAAGCGUUCGACUACAUCGGCUCCAGCAGACUGGUCUAUGACAUGGAUAGUGAUGCUCUGCCCGGGAAUCUCAAGAUGGAUCACAUAGACAAGAUUUUGGAAGUGAAUCAGCUCGCUUACAGAGACCAGGGGAAAAUCUGGAUCCACUCCGAUCCGAUCAGCAGAAGGGAGCCCAACAUAUCUACAGAAAUUGACGAGAUGAUCGCCUCUAUUCUGGAGAUUGGGAAGAACAUGUCGGACCUUGUUGAAGCAGUCAGUCAAACACAGCCCCUCCCACCUUCCUCCACACAGAAAUUUCUCCAAAAACAGAAAGUCCCUGCACUCGUUCUGACAGAUCACAAGGGGCCUUUCACUAACAGGUACUACAAUAGUCGUUUUGAUCUGGCUAAAACUAUCAGCGCUGAAUCUGAGAACAGGUCAGAUGGUGGCUAUGACUACGUAACAGAUCAGGCCCGGAAUCUGACUCAGGCAGCCACGCUACUGGCAAGGAGUCUGUAUGUGCUGGCCACAAACUCCACAGCACCCCCGGACCUUAAAGCCAAUGAACUGAGUGUCACACACAUGCUGUACUGUUUUUUAAUCAGUCCAAACUGCGAGUUAUUCAAGGAAGUCAUUCCACCAGCUAAAGAAGCCCUCAAUAGCUUAACUUCUCGGACGUCUCCCUUCCUGUUUUAUGUCAGUGUGUACAGUAGUGGGGGCAGUAACAACGUGACCAGGCUCAUUCAGCGACUUCUCACUCACUAUAUAGGAAACAAGGUCAACCAGACCUCAGCCUGCACCGCCACUGAAAAAGUGUCCACUCAGGCGUAUACCUAUCUGUGGAUGGCUGGUUCUUUGAAUCCAGACAAGAGGACAAGGACUAAAACAUGUGUAAAAAGCCGAGUCACGCAAACCAAGGCUUACUCCCCAGCUUUUGAGGCUACAGAUUACAAUGGGUGGAAAUCAUUUCAAUACUCUACAUGGACUGAGUCCAGCUGGCAGAAUAGUGCUAUUCUGAUGCGAAUUUUCUUGAUCCCAAGUAAAGGAAUGGAGACAUCCAUUUUGUCAGUUGGAGUAGUGCUAACCCUUCUGUCCAUGGUGCUUAUCUACUUUUUGAACAAAAAGGCAGACAUUUUGUUUGCACAUCCACGACCACGCAGCUGUUAAGAGGACCACAUGACCUUUGUCUCUGAGACUGAGCGGUGCUGUGAUAACUUUAGAAGUCCACCAUUUUAAUUGUCAUCCUGUUCAUAUUCUAUCAAUCAUGUACAAAGACUUCAAUAUAUUGUGUUUAUUUUUGCAUUGUAAACUUUUUACAUAUUGAGUUUUUGUACUAGAUGUAAAUUGGAGUUUAGAAAUGUAAUUCUUAUGCCCCUGUAAUCAAAGAUUUUGGGACAUAUAGUUUUUGGUCUGUCUGCUUGUCUUCAAAAAUUUUAACCUUGGCCAUAACUUUUGAAUGAUGUGAUAGGGCUUUCAUAUUUCACGUGUGCAUUCCUUGUGACAAGACCUUUCUUUUGGUACCAAACAUUUAUCUUGUGACUUUUACCUUAGAGUUUGACCUACUUUUGAAAACCUUAGUCACAACUUUUGAAUGGUUUGUGAUAGGGCUUUCAUAUUUUACAUGUAAUUUUUCUUAUGAGAAGACUUUUCAUUUGGUUUUUGAAAAAAAAAUUGACCUCAUGACCUUGGAGUUGGACCUACUUUUGAAAAACUUAGUUAGGCCAUAACUUUUGAAUAGAACUUUUGAUAGAACUUUCAUAUUUCACAUGUGUAUCCCUUUGACAAGACCUUUCUUUAAGUACCAAAUUUUUUUACCUCAUGACCUUGACGAGGGCGUUUUAACUACUUUUGAAAAAAAAUUAACUUUGGUCACAAGUUUUGAAUGGUCAUUGAUAGGGCUUUCAUAUUUCAUAUGUGUAUUCCUUGUGACAAGACAUUUCUUUUGGUACCACUAUUACUUUGCUUCCUUACAGGGGCAUCAGUGUUUCACAAACACAUUUUGUUUGUAAUGUGAAAUGUUUUUAUAUCCAGUGGUUUAGCAAAGUAUCCCACAGGCUUACAAACCCAAUUUCCAUGAGAUUUCAAAUUGUAUGACUUGAUCGUAUGUAUGAUAUGUACUAUAUGCUAGGAAAACAAGACAUGUUCAUAUAUCAUGAAGUGCAAAGUCACAGAAAUGACCAGUGAUAUGAAUUCAUUAUUCUGUAUUCUGAAAAAAGAAACAGAAUUGUUCUUGCAGUUGGUAACUUUUACAUGUGAGUGUAUGAUGUACGUAUUUAGCACCCCCACCCCCCACCCCACCCCCUCCCUUAGCAGCACAGCCGGGACUGAGCUUUGAAUAUAUCUUUUUUUAUUAUUCCCCCCAUUUCUCUAUCAAGGUUAUUCAACAUGAUCAUAAUGAAAGCUUCCAAUUUUUUGUGACAUUAUAUUGCAUGAAUUGUAGAUCAAACAUGCUUCAUAGUUUUCCCUGUAAAUGCAGCAUGGACGGAGGAAUUCAGUUGGAACUUUGUAGAAGACAAUCUGUAAAGAGUCUAAUAUUGUACCAAAAAAAUUUGAUAUACAUUAUGUAUAACAUUUUCUUCAAAUUUAGAGAUAAACCCAGAAAAAUUCAGAGAUGAGCCCAGAAAAUUAGAAAUAAGCCCAGAAAAUUUAGAGAUAAGUGCAGAAAAAUUUGAAAAUAAGCCCAGAAAAAUUUGAAGAUAAGCCCAGAAACUAAACUCUGAUUUCCUUUAUCACAAACCAACUGGUUUUCUGCACUUCAUGGUGAGCACUUCAGAUCAGACUUGUCUUUUAAACAUAUUUCUUGUUUUGAUUAUAGCCACACAAGAUUAUCAAUCACUAUCUGUAAACAUUUCCUGAACUGUUCAGCCUGGAAUUGUUUUGUAAGUAUUAUUAUUAUUCAUCAUGCUACUUUUAGUCAGCUGACAUGGCGGUGGUAUAAUGUUAACUGUUAGGACCGGUAAAGACAUGCUUCCUAGUGUAGUUUUAGGGGGAUCACUGUUGUGGAUUUGUGGAAGAAACAUUUAUCUAUAUAUUUAAAUAGCAACUGUCAUAGUAAUUAUUGUUGAUAUGUUGUAGAAAUACAUUUUGAGAUUGAUUUUUUUUUAAUGAUGUUAGGUGUAAAUAUUUUGGUUUAAUUCAAUGACGGCUAAUCAUUGUAUGUGUAAACAGCCAGUGUAUGUAUGUCUAAAUGUUACAAAGGUUUCUAAAAAUAAAUCAUUCCAAAGUA